GAAGCUGGGGCGCUCAGCAGACAGAGAGCUUCAAACGCAGAGGCGCACGGUCGAUAUUCGCCUCCCGCAUUCUGGGGAGUCCCGAGGCUGUCAGCAGCAGCGCUGCGCGGGGCUUCAGCGCGGGCAUGUCAGUGCCUUCAGCGGGAAGAAGAAGAUUGUGACAGAACCUCCUUUUUUUUUUAAAUGUUUUUUUUUUCACCUUAAAUUGCCUCUCUUUUUUUUCUUUCUUUCGCGUUGUGGGUGCAGAGAUUGAUGUGAGGGUUUUCUGUUGAGACGGUGGCGCACGGCGGAGAGCAGGGGCAGCGUUGCCACUGAAAGUGGGAGGACACUUGCUCCUCCGACGCGGGGAGCUCGCAUGACGGGGAAAUGCUGCUCGCCAGCGGCUGCGUGACCCGGGUGAGAAGAGGAGUGAGCACCGCCACCAGCCAGCGCUGACACCUCCAGCGCGCAGCGGGAGCACCCCCCCCCUCCCCUUCUCCUCCAUCAGACUUUCCCUCCCGCAACCAUGGGCAAAAGACAGAAGCAGAGGGAAGAGAGAGAAGUAUGUGAGCUCUCCACUGCAGUAUUGAUGACCCAAUGAUCCCCUGCAGAACAGAGCCAGUCAGGCAGACAGAGUGAGGCUCAACCCAGAAUCAAAAUCAGUGCCUCAGCCUUUUCGGUAAAAGCAUCCGACUGAGCAGGAUAUGAAUGGUGGGUGAAUCUUCUGCUCUUUCCAGCUCUAGAGGACACAUUCCUACAGGAAAUACUCAUUCACAAGAUCUGGAAGCAACUUUUACUGUUUUUGCCUUACAACCAACUAAACUUUACACUGAAUGAGCGGCCUGUCAGGUCAUCUACAUCCAGGACAGCCUGGGCCUUCAGUGGGUUGCAGUGAAACCUGGCCUGAGGAGGGGGUCUGUGCAGCGGGGACUAAGAGGCUGGAGUUACCUGAGUUCUGGUCUGAAGAGCUCGUGCUGCAGAGGGAGUUCCAGGAUCACUCCUGUGAUGGACUGACAGCCACGACUCCAGAUGACAUUUCCUCCACCCCUCCGUCUGCCCAAGCCAACGGCGUCCAUCUGCAGAGGAGGUUUCAGCAUGGCACAUGCUGGCAGAGGGUGACCGAGACCCAUACGACUGCGGAAAGCAACACAUUUGAGUACACACCCAAGAGCAUGCAAACACACAUGGACCCAGACGUGCACGCGCAGGCUUUUCAGCACACAGAUAAUUUUGGACAUAUGGAAAUUAGCUCACAUCCGAGUUCCAUAAGCUCAGAAAUGACCAAAACUCUCACAUCAGAGGCCAUGCACACAACCUCAUCUCAACCUUUGUCACUUGCACUUGGCAAUCAUCCUGCCUCCACCAAUCAGCUGGCAGGCCCCGCGCGGGUUGAGGAGACAGAGUCCCCCUCGACCCUUUGUCUAGCCCCAAACCCAAACACAGACUCUUCUUCUCUCCCUGCAGAGACAGAAAAGAAAUAUGCACUCCGCAGCUCUGGCCGUCCUCGCUUCCGCUGUCACCUGCGCAAAUCCUCCCGCCUGCGCCGAAGCAUAGACGAAAAUGAAAAAAAAGAGGGGAGAGAUAAGGGAGGGGACAAGGAGGAGGAAAUACUGAAUAAGAAGAUCUGGAGGGUUAAAGAGGAGGCGGUGGCUAUUGGUAAUGAAAAAGAGCAUCCACCUGUGGAGGUUGUUCUACCCACACCUACCUGUCACUCCAAUGUUGCUCUUCCUUUAUCCACACCUAAACCCGUCCCCAAAGCUCUGCCUAAACCUGGACCCAGACUUGGGCAUAAACCAGGUCCUAAAUCCAGAUGCAGACCCACAGUGAAACCUGCCCAUAAACCAGGACCUAAGAGUGUAAUGAGACAGCGUCAGGCAGCCCAGGCGAUCUACCACCAAGCCGCUCCUCUUCACUCAUUUACAUCCUCUGGCCCUGCACCUAUGUUGACGAUUAAGGAAGAACUGGGGGUGUGUCCUCCCAGCAACAGCAGACGAGGACGUUUUGUUGGUGUAAGGAAGAUUGUUGUCAAGGUGCCACGCAUUCCUGUGAGCUUAAGCCGCAGACAGAAGAGCUACAAAAUUUCCAACGUGGAGACAGUAACAGGGGUGGAGAAAAGUAACGAUAGCACUCUAGAGGGCUCUGACGCAGUCCGAGAGCCAACUGCUCUUCUUCGCAUGAAGAACAAUGGAAAAAGUGUUAUGGUGAUGUUCCCCCCUGGAGAACUGCCAGUUAUUCUCAAACGUAGGAGAGGGAGACCGCCCAAACAGCCGGUGCCAGGAAUUCAGGUGGAACCUGCAAACCCGGUGGUAGCUGGUGCUUCUGGAGAACAGCCUAAAAAGCCACGCAGGCGACGUCGGACUAAACUCCCACUUCCUUAUCCAUCCUAUGUGAACGAUACAAAUGAUGUGAAAAUAGAGUAUGGGGAUGUCCUCUCCAAGCUGGCGUUUUUAAACCGCCAGCCUCCGACCACCGGUCGCUGCUCCCCUCCUCGCUGCUGGACACCCAGUGAGCCGGAAAGCUUUCAUGUCCCUUUGGAAAACCCAGGAAUAUCCACCCUGCUUCACAGACUCACUGGAUAUAGACGUCCACGAGGCAGCAGAGGAGGUGGCAUGGGAAGAGGUGGAGGAGCAGCUGGAAGGAUUGGGGGCAGUGAGUGCAAUAAAAGCACAUUCAGUGACUUUUUUGAAUCAAUUGGAAAGAAGCGGAAACUGGGCCCACUGGCGGAACAUGGGUUGCCCAGAAAAAGGGGGAAGAGUGUUGGUGGAGGAGGGGUGGGGAGGGGAGGUGGUAUGGUGGGAACAGAGCUGGGGAUUGAAAAAAUUGUUAAAAAGAGACGCAUGAGAAAAAACGGCGUGCUUAAAGGGGUUGGGAUGUCCAUGGGGCAAGAGUGGCCCAAUGGAGCAGGAGGAUGGGGGAAGGAAGAGACUAUUCAUAAAGAGAAAGGUUUGGGGGGUUUUCAACUCUGCAGAUCUUCAAGGGGUGGCUUUUCGUCUUGCGAGGUAGGACUGGGAGGUGUUGACGGCAGCCCAGGUGGAGGCAGAGGUGGGGGACCAGCUGGGGAGGACACACAGGGUCUUUUUGCUGGAUAUUUUCGGUCGCUGCUCGACUCAGACGACUCCUCUGACCUGUUGGAUAUCUCUUCCUCACAGUCGGGUCGACAGAAAGCUUCAUCUACGUCUGGAUAUGAGCCAUCCAGUCCAGUUGCUGGCCACAGCUGGUCUCCUGCAUUUUUGAAGUGGAACAAUAAAGGAGCAAGUUCUGGCAUUGAGGGGUCAGCUCAGACUUACUGCUCCACAGCCAGGACUCCUUAUAGCUAUGGAACUAUAGCCCAAACAUCCCCCACCACUUCAACAUAUCCCAAAUCUACUCCCCCAUCACUCUCACAUUCCCCCAGUUCCCCCCAUCCAGCAUCGUAUGGUCCCUACACAUCGGGCUACUCCUGCUCUUCUCCUGCAGUCCCACAGAGAUCCUCAGACUGCAGCUUUGCUUAUGGUGGUAAGACCCCCCCUGUCGGUCAAGUUAGUUACUCUAAUUACCACGCAGCAGCCAAGCGGGGCUACGGUGGAUAUCCGUCAGCGAGCCAUUCCUCCUUGGUGAGGGGGGAGUCAACAGGACCCACAUCACCUGGUGGAGUAGGGUAUAUGUCAUUGGCUAAAGGCAGCUCCUCCUUCCCAGAGACUUACAAGCAGUACAACUCCAGUCAGUGGAGCUACAGACACAGUGGAUGGCCAUUGGACAGCUUUGGGUCUCAGUACCAUGGCUUCAGUGAAUAUGGCUCCAAUGAGUCAAAAGACAUCCUGGAUAUUUCCAACUACACCCCCCAGAAGGCCAAGCGACAACCAUUUCCAGAGAGCCUGUCGGAGUCCUCAUCUGACUCCUCCCAUCUUGGCUCCACGGCCACCGUCAGUGCCCCCAGCGCCCCCAGUGUCACAUACAAGCAGAGUGAGGUUGCUUCUGUUAGCGGUGAAAGGGGUCAAUCAAGCCUGUCAAGCCUAGAAAAGUUAAUGAUGGAUUGGCACGACAGCGCCUCAGGACCAUCGUACAGCUGGAGCCAGAAUGUCCUUUUUCAAGGUGGGGGAACAAGCAAACCUGGCCGAGGUCGCAGAAAACGCGCUGAAUAUCUGCUGGAAAAAGAGGGAGGUUCUGGCUUGCAUUCUGAUUCCCCGUCCAGUCCCUCCCCUACACCUACUCCUGGACCAAAGCGCGGUGGUGUUGGAGGUCGAGGCAGGGGAUCUAGAGGGGGAAGGGGAGGUGUAUCUUCUUGUCAAAGGGAGCGUCCGUCGGGGUCCAAAGGCAGGGGGAAGGCUGUCACUGCAUCAGGAGUCGGACAAGUAGUGUCAGCUGGAGGUCCAGAGGGGUCUGGUCUGUUUCAUGAGGGGUUGGACUAUUAUAGUGGAGAUAGUAGCAGCCUUUCUCCUCUGACUACUCCAAACCCUGCUCCACCUUCCAGCUACCUCCAGGAACCCUGUGAGUACCCCUCUCCUUAUUCAGCCAACCCCUCCACACCGUCCUCUGAGGAACGAUAUCCAACUUUAUACCCUGGUGAGUCCUGCUCUUCUCUUUCACCAAGUGUCUCAUCUCCUCCUUAUCCUCCUAAGCCCACUCCGCCUCCUCAGUCUUAUCACCUCGCUCCAUCUAGGACCUUCUCACCUUCAUGCUCCCCCUCACCACGUUUAACUCCCCACUGCAGCACAGCUCUAAGCCCUUCCCAUCGUCCCCCUCCCAAAGACCUCCAGUUUUCGCAGUAUGACUCCCCCAACUACUGCGGCUCCCCCUACUGGUAUGGACAGACAUCACACAGCAGCAGCCCCAGCCCUCACUCAAACACCAUACCCGUGCAUACGCACUCAAGUCCUCAUGGAAACACCCAUGCUAAUUCCCACGCCAGCCCGGCUCCACAUCCACAGGCGCACCUGACUCCCAGUGAGACGCAUCCACACAGCGCACAGCUGUGUGGACACACGAACAUGAGCUCACACACCAACUCACACCUCCAGAGCAGCCUUCUCACCCACUCAAACAGUCAACCCCACCACAACACGCACCACCCAUCACAUUCACACCCAAACCUUAGUCCUGGCCUGCACUCCAAUGCAACCCCUGCUCUUUACGAGGAGCGCAGUCCGCCAUCCACCAUGACUCCCAACAAGCGGGAUCUGACAGCCCAUGCCCUGAGUACAGGCCAGGGCCCCUCGCCUCUCUCCCCUUACCCCAAACCUCCUCUGGACCCCUCGACUCACCAGGAGGACGCUAGUGGCUAUUCCCUGCCCCAUCAAUCCUACCAGGGCAUAGGACAUCGCUACCCCUCCCAGGUGACUCAGGGUGGAGGGGUGUUGUGCCAGCUUCUGGACACAGCCAGUGAUGACAGCUUCAGCGUCACCAGCCUGUAACAGCAGGUGCGCAUCCAUUUCAAGCUUUUACAGAUUUGCAAACAUUUCUUUCUUUUUUAAAGGUGACUUUCUUUGUGAGAGACUGUGAAAUGAAGGGUGAGAAUUUAGCUGCCAGCUUUGGACACUAAAGCUUUAAUUCUCCAGCACUGACAAUCAAGAUCAACCCACACACCCAAGCAUGUACAAACACAAUAACACACGCAAAAGAUGCAUGUGCAGAUUAGACAACUACCUAGCCAUAAACACAUGAAAUCAAAUGUGAGCACCCUCUGCACUGGAAUGAGAGAAUGGCCAAGAGGAGCUGACGCACUCGUGGACUAAAGUACUUUUUUUUUGUCCAUUUGAGUCUCUCUGUAUAACUUGCAGUAUUUCACCAAAUCUUGCCAUUUUUUGUUCUUAAAACUGUUUUUUUUGUUGUUGUUUUGCUUUUAUGUGGGUUUUUUUCUGUUGUCUCCCAACUUCCCCUCCUCUGCUAAACCAGCAACCAUAUUCUGCACUCCGUUCAUUUAACUGUCUUGUGCCACAAUCGAAGCCGUACCUGAGCCGAAGUACAACUUUUUAAAAUACCACGAGCCGAGCCGACGUCCUGCUCUGUGCGCUCCUGUGUCGUGUCUCAUACGAGUAUGUCUGCUCUUGAAAUACCAGCAUCUGUACAUACAACUCCAGCUACAAACCAGGGGGCCUCUCGUUGCUCCAGAGGCCUGUCAUCUAUGUGUGUUAUGCCGUGGUUUCUCUGCUUUGUGAGGAGGGGGAGGACUGCAGUAUGGAGACUCAACAUCCUGUGUUUUGCUGUUUUCGCUACAAGGAAAGGAGACAUUGAUAUUACGCAAUGGCCCCAAAGAGACUUUUAUUUUCUGUGUUUAAAUGCAAGACGGAGGACGCAUUUUGCGUGACUGCACUGAUGCAUGUAUUUGUGUGCAUAUUCUCUAUCUGUGUGUGUGUGUGUCUGCGUGUGCGUGUGCGUGUGCUAGCCUGUGGGGUCGAAAGGAGUGAAACUCCCAAGACGCCAACAUUUUGGCGGGGCCUUGUUCAUUUUUUCACUCUCCCUUCUUUUUCUGUGGUCUUGUGUUGUUAGGUGGUUUUUGUGAUGAACAAAAAAAAAUUGUAUAUCAGUCUGUUAAUAUCAUGUAUGUAUCUAAGGUGAAAAAUAUUUAAAUACACAUAAUGUUCUUGCCAUUGGUAA